ACAAAAGUACAAUGAAAUCAUGAAUCACAUAAGGGAAGUAAGGACGGCGGGGACAGAAUCCACAGUGACUUCAGCUUCCAACCUCCGCCCCACGCCACCAUUCUCUCAUUUUCUCCUUUUUCUCUCCAUAUAAAAGCCCGUCUACAAUCCACCCACUAUCUAUCUCUCUUUCCUUUUCUCUCUUUCUCUAGCAUAAAACCAUAGCGAAGACAAAGACCCAAUUGGAGGAAAAUGUCGGAUUGGGGCCCAGUGUUCGUGGCAGUGGUGCUGUUCGUGCUCUUAACUCCUGGGUUGCUGUUUCAGGUUCCAGGGCGCCACCGGUGCGUCGAGUUUGGGAAUUUCCAGACCAGUGGUGCUUCUAUUAUGAUCCAUUCUCUGCUUUAUUUCGCUCUUGUUUGUGUCUUCUUCCUGGCUGUUAAGGUUCACUUGUACCUUGUUUGUGAAUCAAAUCAAAAAAUGGCAGACUGGGGGCCUGUGGUGAUAGCAGUUGUACUGUUUGUGCUGUUAAGUCCUGGAUUACUAUUCCAGUUGCCUGGAAAGGGGAGAAUUGUUGAGUUUGGGAAUAUGCAGACAAGUGGGAUUUCUAUACUGGUUCAUACCAUCAUCUUCUUUGCUCUUAUUACCAUCUUCCUUAUUGCCAUUGGUGUUCAUAUUUACACUGGAUAGCCAUGUUAAAUUGUAGCUCAUUCACUUUUCAAAGCUUGUUUAAUUUGUUGAUCUGUCUGAUGUAUUCUCUUGUAUUUAGUACUGCCCUUUUCUUAAUUGUAUUAGUUGCUGGUGUAUAAA